UACACUGUUUACUGUAAAUCGACAGCCGUAUGUCUCUAUGUAGAUGCGUGGACCGAGAACAACAGACCCGUUAGGUCUGUUGCCUUUCAGGCGAGCAGUUUAUAGUCUGUCAGGACUGCUGCUGCGUGUCGUCAUUAAUGUUUACGACAUCGGUGUGAACCUGACUGACCCCAUGUUCAGAGGAAUCUACAGAGGGAAGCGGAAACACGACGAUGACUUCGAUCAGGUCGUCGAUCGAGCUCUGACAGCGGGAGUGCAGAAGUUUCUGAUCACAGGUGGGAGUCUGGACGACAGCCAGGAGGCGCUGAAGCUGGCUCAGACCAGAGAUGAAUUCUACUGCACCGUGGGCUGUCACCCGACCCGCUGCUCGGAGUUCGAACAGCUGGGAGAGACCGAGUACAUGAGGAGCCUGAAGGAGGUGGCCGCUCAGAACAGAGGGAAGGUGGUCGCCGUCGGGGAGUGUGGACUGGAUUUUGACAGGAUGGAGUUCUGUCCAAAGGAAACUCAGCUGAGGUUCUUUGAGAAGCAGUUUGACCUGGCAGAGGAGACGCAGCUGCCCAUGUUCCUCCACUGCAGGAGCGCUCAUCAGGAGUUCAUGGAAAUCAUGAGGAGAAAUCGAGAUCGUUGUGUCGGAGGAGUGGUGCACUCCUUCGACGGUACAGCAGAGGACGCCGCUGCCAUCGUGGACCUCGACCUUUAUAUUGGAAUAAAUGGAUGCUCUCUGAAAACUGAGGCCAACGUCGAAGCCAUGAAGUCCAUUCCCACAGAGAGGUUGAUGAUAGAAACUGACGCCCCCUGGUGUGGAGUGAAAAACACUCACGCCGGCUCCAAAUACGUCAAAACAACAUUUCCUACGAAGAAAAAGUGGGAGGCGGGACAUUGUCUGAAGGACAGGAACGAGCCGUGUCACAUCCUCCAGGUGGUGGAGGUGAUGGCAGCAGUGAGGGAGGAGGAUCCAGUGGAGAUGUGUCACAGCAUCUACAACAACACCAUCAAAGUCUUCUUCAGCUCCAGCCCAUGAAAUGACGUCACCCCCAUGUACUCUAAAAACAUUCGAUAGAAUUCACCGUCCAACAGUUUGGAUACACGAUCCCAGAAUCCUCUGCGGCACCGAAACACAGCAGAGGAAAGCGAAGAAGAGCGAGAGGGUAAAUCGGCGG